AAGUAAAAUAAUUAAAAUAAUUAUUAUGCCAAUUUUCAUAACGAAUAUCUACAACAUUAUAUUCAUUCUAGUUUAUCUACUAUGUCAAUUCUUACAAAUAGGCUUAGCUUAUCAAAAUUCUACAAUUAAGAGAAUCGUACUACCCGAAACAUAUCUUAAAGAAGUUCGUCCACCAACGGCUAAAGGAAAUCCCGUAGUCAUAGAGUUCAGCGUAUUUGUUGUUGAUAUAAAUUCCAUAAAUGUUGAAGACAUGGAUUUUCGUGUUGAUAUGUUUGUUCAUCAAAAGUGGAAAGAGUCAAGAUUGACACUCAGUGAUGAUCUUUUUGAAGACGGUGAUGAUUAUGUUACAUUACCACCAGAAUUUUUCGAUAAUUUAUGGCAGCCCGAUCCUUAUUUUCUCAACUCAAAAGUUGCAGCGCGAUUACAUGCAAUCAUUGCAUGCCAAAUGGAGUUCCAGUUGUAUCCAAUGGAUAUACAAAUAUGUCCAAUUUACAUUGAAAGCUUUUCAUACAGCAACUCUAAAGUACGAUUGAAAUGGGCAGAGAGUGGCGUUAAUAUAAAUCCAGAGCUAAAGCUUUUACAAUAUAAUUUGGGUGCUCCACUUCAACUAGAAGAAACUGAUGGUUACAUGCCGGAAAAAGAUGGAAAUUAUUCCCGAUUGACAGUUUACUUUCGUUUUGAAAGACAAAUUGGUCAUCAUCUCAUUCAAACAUUUGCGCCUUCAUCUCUUGUCGUCAUGUUGAGUUGGUUCAGUUUUUGGUUGGGACUUGAUGCAAUUCCUGGUCGUGUGACGCUUCUUGUUACAUGCAUGUUGACAUUAGUGACGAUGUUCACCGGUGCUGAUAUUCCGCCUGUGGCUUAUGUGAAAGCAUUAGACUUAUGGAUGGCUGGUUGCAUGGUAUUCGUAUUUGCAGCCUUGGCUGAAUUUGUAGUAGUCAAAGUCUUGGAUGUUCAAUAUCAACAGCAAUCAAAGCUAACGCCAAAACCUAUUUUACCCCUUCGCCUAACUAGCACACUAGAAAAAGGACAAUGUCAGACAGUAGCUGUAUUUGACGGACAUGGAACAAAUGUACGGUCACGAAAGGCAAAUACUCAAACGCCUACAACACCAGUUGCAGUAAAUGUGCAAGGAAAUGGUGGCGGACCGAGAACAAUAAAUAGAAGGCAAUCAAUCUUGUCAGUUUCAUGGACAGACAAUGACACUGGUGUUGAAAAAAUUAUGUGGCGAGAAAUUGAUAAAAUCUCACGUGUUGUCUUUCCGGGACUUUUUCUAGUCUUUGUGAUCCUUUACUGGCCUAUAUUGAUUUUGAAAACGAGUUCCUAGCUAAAAGAAGAUAAUUACGUGUAUCAAAAUUUUUCUUUGUAAACUACCUAGAUAAAUAUUUUUUGCACAUUCUAUUUUUCUACAUUCCAUGUUUCAUCAAAAUCUUUAAAGUUUUGUUAUCUACAAGAAUUUCUUUACAUAAAAAUGUGAGAUUGUAGAAAUUUUUAAUGACAUAUUCUCUGUUAAAACGUUUAUCUCAAUUGCAUUACAUUUAAAACGAAAGUCAGGAAUCGAAUGCAAUGAUAAAUUAAAGUCAUUCAUAAAUUAAAAUGAAAGCUUUACAAACUCCUUCCUUUAAUCAGAAGAAAAAAAAAUUAGCACAGCAAAAGCUCAAAGAAACAUCUAAAAAUCGCCAUCACUAGUUUUAAAGGCAACAUUUUUAAUUUUUAAGCUUCUGCCUAGCUAUUAUGCUAAUAAAAGUACAAUUGAUGCCCAUUAAAUGAUAAAAAAUAUUGUGUUGAUAUUAAACAUUCUCUCCCCAAUUGCAUUGUGAUAUUCAAUAAGCUGAAAAAUGGAAAGUUCAAGAUGCUCAUGUAAAUAGAUAAAUAAAUGAAAGGAAUAAUUAAAAA